AAUUUGAAUAAUUACUUCAUUCGCGCAUGGCAAACAGCUAGUGUUCCACCCAUGUUCGUCGUCACACGCAUGUUCUCUUUGCAUUCUCUGUGUGGAACAGGUUGAAAGACAGCAAGAGUAAGAAAAGGAUCAGUCCUUACUGGUGAAUAGUGCCUUAUAUAUAUUAUUCUAUAGAGCAAAGUUUUCAACCAGAAUUUACAUGAACAACAUGCCUUCUGAAACUAAGACGUCUAAUGGAGGAGUUGCUUUUGUUUUGGAUUUGGAGCCUGGCAAAGAAGUGCCUAACACUAGCAAAAUGCCCUCACCCCCUAAGAGCAAGAGUGAACAUUCAUUGGAUGAAAUAAACAGCAAGUUAGCUGCGGCAGAAGAACGAAGGAAGUCUAUGGAAAGUAGUCUAUUAGAAAAACUGGCCAAAGAGAACGAGCAGAUAUUGCAGGUUCAGUCGAAAGUAAAGGAACAGAAUAACAACUUCAUGAAGUCUACCAAAGAAAAGAUUGAUGCUGACAUGGGGAAGUUCGAGGAAAAUUACAAAGCAUUGGAGGAGGAGCGUAAGCAGAAGGCAAAAGAAAAGAAUGAACGCAUUGAGAAAGUACGAGAACGCAAGAAAGAGAUUGGCUCUGGUGAUGGAAGUGAAGCGGCCUCCUAACAAGUAACCAUUGAGACAGCAUUAUAAAUGCAACAUUAACAGCUGUAUUAAGUGUUCAGACAUUGAGUUUUGCAUUCUUGUUUGUUUUUUUAAUUCAUACAAACUAACAGUUAAUAUAACUAGAGAAUUUAAGGGAAAUCCUGAAAUCAGAUCUAAAAAUCAUAUUAAGAAGUCAAAAUCAUUUUGAGAGUAAAUGAUGUAAUAACAUUUUACAUUCUAAACUUAUUUCUCUGUGAAAAGCAUCAAACAUUGGUAAAUAGAAAAUGUAAUGUAUUCUUCCAAAAAGCUUGUUUAUUAAUCAAUUUCAUGUACAAGUAUGCUUGAUUCGAUUGGCUACAAACUAGCAUUUUAAAUAUUCUUCAAAAUCUGCAUUGCUCUGCAAGUGCUGUAGGCUUCUGCUUGUUCUUGGCUCUCUCAGACACAAGAAAUGAUAAUCUGCGAGGAAGAGACCCAGCAGUAAAAUUUGAAUUAGACUGAAUUGUAAGAAUUGUAAGCUGCAAGAAAUCCUCUUUAGGUAUUACAUAAAUUGUGAAUGUCCUUGUUAAACUUAUGCACAGUCUAAUCUACAUCACAUGUUUUCCAUUAUCUUUUUUGUUAACUGUAUAAAUGUGCAUUAUUUUCUGUAUUUGAUAUAGAUGCUAAUGUGCAUUACUAUAUACACAGGACAAUAUUGUUUGUAAAGUUGGUUUUUUUGGAUAGAAGGCCUAAUCGCCAUGUCAUGCAGCUCUUAAAUUGGUGUUACAACACCACCCUGUCUGCUAAUGUAUGGCUGUAGUAUGUGAAAGAAUGUAACAACAAAGAUCUAAAUAUUGUAUAUAGUUUCAGGUAACCAUCAUUAAGUGUCUAAAGUGUGCUACCAACCAUCUGGAGAAUAUCCGUGUGUAGUAGUAGUUAUUGUACAAAGUUCCUGGCUUAUACCAAAAUUCCUGUUUCAUUCCAUAUCUAGACCAAACCCUCUCCAUAGUGCAAUACUGCUUCCACCUACAAAAUAUUCCUGUUGAAGCUGAUUUCAAAACCACCACCAUUCAAAUUUUCAAAAGAGAAAAAAAUCCUUUCACCUGUAUAGUUAAUUUGAGACGAAAGAAUGGGCACAGGAUAGUCAACCAUAAUUAUAUACUCUGUGCACUAAUGUAGAAUUCAUUAAUAUCGGACUUAAAUAUUGAAAUUUCCAUAUAAAUUACUAUUCUAUUUGAUAUACAUAUUAGAGCUAAAUAUAUAGUUGGAAUUGUAGACUUUAAAUAUUAGUGGUUAAUGUAGUUGAAAUUAGAAUUGAGUAAUAUUUUUAAGAUAUGAUUGGUUUUUGUACAGAUAUACAUUGUUUUUUAUAUAUUUAAUCUAUAUUACUUGCCAAAAAAAAAGAUGCUUCCCUUUUCUUUCAUUGCUUUAAUUUUUUUCACUCUUAUGAGUAAAUUCCAGAUUUUGAUGAGCUGAAGAUUGUAUUUAUGUUCUUUUUGUACAAAUUUAAAGAUUUCUAUUUACUUCGCAAUAAAGCGUGCAUUAAUGAAGUCCUUUUUUUCGUUGAGAAUUCGGUUUGAUUUUUUUUUUGUUUCGCUUACCCUUUGUAGUUUGUGAACUUCGUGUUGUAAUGCAGUGUGUACCAAAUAAAUAUACCAGCUUGCAUACAAA